AACCUACGCGUGUGAAUUACACAUAUACUUUCAAAGGCCGAAAGUUGGCAAAAAUAAAUACAAAAUAUUCUUAUCAUUCCCCUGAACUGUGUUUCGUUUCCUAAAACAUCAGCACAUCGCACGAGUUAGUUCGGAGCUGGUUGUAUGUGUUCUCAGCGUGCACGGCGACAGGCGCAGCCGAUCCUCCUCUUCUGUACAUACAAGCAACGCAUUUGUUAUUGCUGAUCGACGACUUCGAGAGUGUAGCAGCGUUCGCCGGUUAGUUUUUAUAGGUCGCCUCAGUCUGCAAAUAUCGUUCAACGAGUUUGGCAGUCGUCCGGUGACCCACAGAAGGAACAGUGGUAUUCGGUUUCAUAAAUUUCCUGAAAGUAUUAGCAAGUGAUAUCAAUUAAUAUAUCCAGAGGCAGUGCAAAAUGGCUUUCCGAGUGAUGGCAUUCUCCAACAGCCUGAAGCAGGCCACCGUGAUCUCCGACCUGCUGGCCAGGUCCUUCUGCAGCGGUCCCAAGAACGUCGGCUUCAUUGGGCUGGGCAACAUGGGCGGACCCAUGGCCAGCAAUCUCAUGGCCAAGGGCCACAAGCUGCACGUGUUCGACAUUUCCAAGGAAGCCAAGGAUAACCUGAAGGCCAAGGGUGCCGUCACGUACGACAAUGUGUCCGAACUGGCUAAGGCUUCGGACUUUGUCGUCACCAUGCUGCCAAACAACGAUAUUGUGGCCAACACCUACGACACCAUCCUGGCUGGCGGAGUGAACACCAGUACCUUUUUCGUUGACUCCAGUACCAUCGAUCCCAAUGUGGCCAAGGCCGUCCAGAAGAAGGUCCAGGCUGCCGGUGCUACCUUCGUCGAUGCCCCGGUAUCCGGUGGUGUCCCCGGAGCCCAGAACGCCACUCUGACCUUCAUGGUCGGUGGAACCCCGGACGAGUACGAACGCGUCAAGGGACUGCUGGAGGGCAUGGGCAAGAAGAUCACCCACUGCGGUAGCUACGGUAUGGGACAGGCCGCCAAGGUGUGCAACAACAUGAUGCUCGGUAUCUCGAUGUGCGGUCUGGCUGAGUGCAUGAACCUGGCUAUCAGACUCGGCUUGGACCCCAAGGUAUUCAGCGACAUCAUCAACGCCUCCACCGGCCGCAGCUGGGCCUCCGAGAUCAACAACCCCGUGCCCGGAGUGCUCCCCAAUGCCCCCGCUGGCAAGGGUUACGCCGGAGGAUUCGCCACCGGACUCAUCACCAAGGAUCUGGGAAUUGCUUCCGCCGUGGCCACCACCUCCAACACGCCGAUCCCGUUGGGAGCUCUCACGCAUCAGAUCUACCGCACCCUGAUGGCCAAGGGACUGGCCAACAAGGACUUCUCCGUCGUGUACGAUUUCAUGAAGAACGAGGAGAAAGCCUAAGAAGGCUUCUGAACCGUUUCGAAAACACAAGGUCGUUCUUUCGGCAAUAACCGUCUUCCAGAGCAUGCAUUUAACCAGUUUAAUCAUUGAUGAGCUUGUAUCCUCGAUGGGAGGAUACAAGGCGCAGGGAUUUGUUUAUUAUACAGAGUAUAUAAAUAAAUGGUAAAGUUACACGUA